AUAAUCGGCAAGCGCUGUGUGGUAUGGGGAUGUGGGGCCGUCUCCAAAUCUGGCUAUGGGAUGUUUUUGUGGCCAAAAAAUUAUCAAAUGUCGCGUAUAUGGACCAAACAAGUGCGUCGUACGAGGGCGGACUUUGCUGGUCCAGGUAACCCGGGGUCGAUGAAACCUACAAUUUGUGGGCAGCACUUUGAAAGAUCGUGUUUCGACCAGUCCACAAUGCUCGCUAAGGAAAUUGGAUUAAAAAAGAAUUUCAAACUGAACAAAGAUGCUGUUCCAACAAUACUGCCAAGACCCCAAAUGCCAGCACAAGCCACCACGCCGAUUCCUACACGUCCCCCGAUGCAGAGUCCUCCACUAAAGAGACGGCGAAAUGCAUUCGCCAAAAGGGAGAGAGCGAAGGUAUUGGAAACUUUGUUCAAUGAAGCCACUGACAGAACUGAGGAUAGCGACAAUCUAUUGGACAUCCACACUGGGGAGGAAGCUGUGUCUACACCAAAUGAAAUUGAUGUGCAAACGGACCCCCCUCCACGAAUACACCACAAGUCCAUGCAGGCACGACCACGUUUCAGGUUGAUCCUAGCAGCACUGCACUACAAUGAGAACUCUGGCAGGAAGCAUGCCAAAACCAGGACAGGACAACUCCAAUACACUGUNAUAAAAAAAACAUAUGGCACAUUUCACAAUACAAAUGCAACCUCUAUCAUAUACUAA